UUGAGAGCACACAUUUUUAAUUCAAAAUUUGUUUAAUUUUGUUUUUAAUAAUCGUAUAUUUUAAUUUGAAAACAUUUUAAAAUGAAAUUUUUUUUAAUAAUUUUCAUCAUUUCAUUUAUGUUUUUCAUAGAUACAAAUGCUCAUGGAAAAAUAAUUUUUCCCCGCGAAUUGUCAUUUAACAUUAAUGACCCUUGUGAAGAAGAUGGGUAUAAGGGUACUAUUAGACGUUUUGUAAAUUGUGAAUUAGCUAUAGCAUUCUUAAAGGAAGUUAAUAUUUAUCCAAAAAUUUAUUAUUUUGAUAAAUUUGAACCAAUCAUUUGUUGCAUUCAAAAUGAUCCAAUUUACAAUAAAAUAAAUGACGAAUCUAAAAUAGAAUACCAGAAUUCUUUGGAUGGAAGUAUCUUUACAAUAAAUCAAAAUAAAAAAACGGAUUCUCAAAAACAAAUAACAACUGAAAAAAGUGAAUUAGAAGAACCCUCUUAUUUCCAAUUAGAACAAAUUACUUGUACAACAGAAGAACAACAAGGUAUUUUAAGUCAAUUUAAAGAUUGCCCAACAGCCAUAUCGAAAUUUAAGAAUCAAGCAAUUCGUCCUGAAAUUUUUACUUUUAAAGGUUUACAGCCUGUUAUUUGUUGUAUAAAGUAGUUGUUUGGCAAACCUAAAUACUUGUUUUGAAAAUCAAACCAUCAUCGUUACAAUAUAGUUUAAAAUUCUAGUUAAAUAAAAAUGAUGUGUAUAGAUAUUAAGGUAUUUGUAUUUGGUUUUAUU